AUGGAGAAAAGGGGCAAACGAGCAGGAGGCUCACCCGAUGACGAGAUUCUGCACCUGCCCACAGUCGGCGGCAAAAGCAUUAUCAUGUAUCGAAACUACACAUUCUCCUACCGCAAUAGGAAGCAUCUUCUGCGUUGCUCCAAAGCGAUGAGGGGCAAGUGCGAGGCAAAGAUCAAAUUGGACGACUCUGGAAACAUCCUCAUCGUUGAUACAAAUCACAACCAUCCACCGCCGAAGUAUUGCAAGACGGCCCAGGGAUUGUAUGUUAAGGGCAAGCAGAUAAUACUGUACAAGGGAUACUCCUACUCGUGCGUGAAAGGCAAUCAGUACCUUAGGUGCUCCAGGAGACUUGCGAGACGCUGUAAUGCCCGCAUCACACUCGACACUGACGGCAACAUUGUAUACGCCUCCACUUUCACCCAGCACAACCAUCCGCCACCGAGAUACAUGAGAACCUCCGAAGAUUACCAGUACGAGACGCUGCAGAUCGGUAAGGGACGGUCCGUGGUGAUGGUUAACGAGUACACGUACGCCUACACCGGCCCGGGGAAGCGAUACCUGAAGUGUUCACAGAAGCUCAAGACCGGCUGCAAGGCGCGCAUGCAAAUGGGCGACGACGGCGCGAUCAGGUUCAUCGACGCCGCCCACAACCACCCGCCGCCGAAGUACCACAAGACCUCCAGUGGCAUCUACUUGGCCCUCCGU